AUGGCAAACACUUGCUCCUCUAAGAAUUCAAAGAGAACCUCAACUCGUUCUCAGGGAUCCACUGCUGCAGGCAGUUCUCACCAAAAACGGCUCAGAAAGGAAGGAAAAUCUGGUUCUGGCGCACAUGGCGGAUCGAGGAAACAGGCAUCCAGAAAACGUCCAAGAACUUUGACAAAUACAGAUUCAAGCUCCUCGGACAAAAGCAAUGGCUGCUCAAACUCCAACCAACGUGAAGAAGCAUCUCCGAAUCCCACCAACACUCAAACUGGCCGCGCCAGACAAGAAGAUGUCAAAAAUGAAGGAGUUGGUUUCAACUUGGAGAACUUUGAAUCCCACUUGGACUCCUGGUCAUUAAGCGAACUCCGAUCUACUUUGCAAAAGAAAAAGUAUGGUACCUCAAAUCGUCUCCCACCAGAUGUUCAAGCCAAAUUAGAACUUCUCCAGCAGAACUACAUGAAAAGCAAGCUCAUGCUGGCCCUUGUCGGAAAUGUUGCUGAGAAGACAGUCACCAAGUUCCUGUAA